AUGGAUUCUAUUUCACGACGUGUUCCUUCACCACAAACACACCAUUUCAUCGAUGAUACAAAUUCAUUUCUAGUGCUUCUAAUUAUUAUUUGGAUGCUCAUGUUUUUCACAGCACCAUUUUUUCCACGUCGAAAUCAACAUCUACACGCUCAUUGUGUAAUUAUUUUAGCGAUUAUCAUGGCUGUUUACACGUAAGUUGUUAUUUAGAACUUAUUUUCAGCCCAAAAAAAAACACUUUUGAUUUCAGCCAUCCUCAAUAUUCUAACGAAAUUUCCGAAAUAAUGCUUGAAUUUCUCCAAAGUAUGCUACCAAUAAUGUCACUUUAUUUGCGUAUUGAAAUGGAUGCAGCUGCUCGUAGAUCAAGGCAAGUUCCUGCAACUUCACACGAGACAAAUUAUUAA